AAAAGGUGCUAUAAUUAACCCGUCAGUAUCCAUAUCACAAGGAGCUAAAACUGAUCCAUCAAAAUAACAUCAAUCGCACCUCUAUUCCCACCAACGAAGAGAGAGAAAUUAACAGCCAACACUCAUCAGCAACAAUGGCGAGAAACCCUGCGUUGUUAAACGCAAUAAUCUUCUUAUCCUUAGCUCUGAUCGCUCGAUCUGUAUCGGCUGGCGACGAAUCAGAAUGCGUGUACACCAUAUACGUCAGGACAGGUUCCGUCAUAAAAGCAGGGACGGACUCUAAGAUCAGCCUCGAAUUGUGGGGUCAAAAAGGCGACGGAGUUAGAAUUACCGACAUCCAAAGCUGGGGCGGGCUAAUGGGCCAAAACUACGACUACUUCGAGAGGGGUAACUUGGACGUGUUCAGUGGGCGCGGCCCAUGUCUGAAUGCACCAGUUUGUGGCAUGAGGGUGAUCUCCGAUGGGUCGGGCCCACACCAUGGUUGGUACUGUAACUAUGUUGAGGUUACAACUACUGGGCCCCAUGUUAAGUGCGCACAACAGAAGUUUGAUGUUGAGCAAUGGCUUAAAUCUGAUUCUUAUCCUUAUGAACUUUCUGCUACUAGAAAUUAUUGUCCUGUUUCUUUGUCUAACCAAGCUGUUGUUCCUGCUUUGAGAUCUGUUGCUUCAUCUUGAAUAAGAUUUGUGGUUUGUGAUGAGAUUGAGAGUUUGAGGUAAGAUUAACUUGGUUUUGUAAGUUAUUUGUGAUAUUAAUAAAAGUUUUGUUGAGGGGUUUUUGUGUGAAUUUGUUGAUUAUUUGCUUGAUUUCAUUAUAAUGUUGUAUAGUUGGAUGGGUCAAAAAAAAAAAAAAAAAAAAAUGUUGUAUAGUUGGAAAGACUUACCAUGUUACUUGCUGCUUCUAUUCAAA